CUCACCCCCACACCGAAACACGAACGCCCAGUCCCUCUCUCUCCCCUCCUCUCUUUUCACCUUUUCCCCUCGCUUAUAAUUCCACUCCACCACCACCACCACCACCAUCGCCAUCGCCAUCUCCCCCUUUCUCUCUCUCUCCCUCUCCCUCUCUCUCAUCAACAUCCCCCCAAACAAGCUCGUCGGAAGCGCUCCACGGAGCCCCUCUUUCCGCGAGGGCGGCCAUGGAGAAGGGAAAGCACAGGGCGUUCCUCGAGGAGAAGUUGAAGGCCGAGCCCGCGGCCGAGUGCGAGGACGGCCCCGGCGGCGGCGACGGCGAGGACGACGACGACUCCAAGAGGAAGAAGGUGCCGCCGUCGAGCGGGAGCAGGCGCGGGAGCGGUGCCGCGUCGAGGAAUUGCCAGGCGGAGAAGUGCACGGCCGAUCUCACGGAGGCGAGGCAGUACCACCGGAGGCACAAGGUGUGCGAGCAGCACGCCAAGGCUCCGGCGGUGGUCGUUGGCGGCCUUUACCAGCGGUUCUGUCAGCAAUGUAGCAGGUUCCAUGAGCUGUUGGAAUUCGAUGAAAACAAGAGGAGCUGCCGCAGGCGAUUGGCGGGACACAACGAGCGGAGAAGAAAGAACCCGGCCGAGCCUCACAUCGAGGGCUCGAGUGGAAAAGCUGGCGGCAGCACUCAAAUGAAGGAGCUAGUCUGUGGACAAGUCGAUAAUCGGGGCCGGAUCCAAGAGAAUGCCACCUACAAACAUUUCCAGAUCAGAUAAGCCCGUCGGACCGGUUUGAUGCUCUCUCUCUUCUGUCAUUCUAGUCAGUGAUAAUCUAUAUUAUUCAUAAGCUCUCUCGACACGAAAGAAUGACUUUCCUCGACUUCAAAUUCGAGGUUCCUAAUCCUUCUAAAUGAGGGAAGUUUAGGCGGAUCGGCGUGCUCCGCUAGUUGCCAUCGUGUGUUGUAGGCUAAUGUUAUCUCCCUGUUAGAUCAAAUAAUUUAAGCUUGAGAUUCUUGGUGGGUGAGGCGUUUUGUCUCUUAUCUAA